AUGGCUCUGCAGCCUGAAGGAGCGCAGUGGCUGUCCUGGAGUCUGGAGCAGGUCGCCCUCAUCCUGGCGCGGCGCUUCCCCGACAGCCACAUUUGGGUGGUGAGAGCGUCCCGCAUGUACUUGCACAAGUUCAGCUGCUACUGCAACUUUGUGGAGAGCAACAUGUUCGGGGCCCCUGAGCACUCCCCGUAUGCGGCUGACAUCGGAGCUUUCAGUCACCUCAGGGCCCUCUUGAGCAAUGGCAUGAGGCGAGUCAAGCUGCCCGACCCCCUCCAGCCAACAGGAGGCGUCGACAGCAUCCCCACAGACUUCUCCUUGAUUCUGGUGGGUUUCAGCAAAGGCUGCGUGGUCCUGAACCAGAUGGUGUACGAGCUGCCUGGAGCCCUUUUAGACCCACGCAUGUCGGCCUUCAUCAAGCACAUCUCCGACAUGUACUGGCUGGACGGGGGCCACCCGGGAGGAAGCGAAACCUGGGUGACGGACAAGCAGGUGCUGAAGGAGCUCGCCGCCAGCGGAGUGUCCGUUCACGCCCACGUGACCCCCUACGAGGUGUGUGAUCCCAUGCGGGCCUGGAUGGGCCGGGAGCACAGACGGUUCAUCAAAACUCUGGAGGAGUUCGGGGCGUGUCCCAGUAACAAGCUGCACUUUGAAGACGCCCCGCCGUCCAUCGAGAACCAUUUCAGGGUCAUCCUGGAGUUUUGA